AUGGCUCGCACUGGGUGGGUGACGCCCAUCCGGCUCUGCCAGGUCCUCCUGGGCAUUGCCAUCUUCGCCCUGAUCAUCUACACGUUGGCGGUCUAUAAAUUCGACAGUGUGACGAAAUUCAUGCUGUUCCUCGGAAUCUGGACCGGUUUCAUCGCGCCGUCCUAUCUCGGUCUGGCCCCGGUGCACUUCCCCCGACUCGCCCACUACCUCGUCAUCCCCGUGGUGGAGAUCAGCACGUUCAUCAUGUUGCUGGUGGGCCUUAUCUUGAAGGGAGUGGAUCUGCCGCCCGCCAGCGAGUGCAAAUUCGCUGCUUGCGAGGCGACGCAGGCGGUUGUGGUUAUCACCGCCGUCGAAUGUGUCCUCUUCCUCGCCACCUCGGUCCAAUCCAUUAUCGAUGCCCGACAGUUGCACGACAAGACCGUUGCGAAGGAGCAAAUCGUACAGACUGCCGCCGCGCGGGAGGGUGCCCCUGAGACGACGCAGGCGACGGAGACGGUCUAAGGGAUGACAUCUCCCGAAACCCCUCGUCGGCUCGUUCGAAACUAUCGCGGACGGUCGUGUAAAUACGGACGACAGUUGUCGUCCCUGCAGUGACUUGGUUCUGGCAGGCAG